GUUUUUUUUUCUAAAAUAAAAACAAACAUUUACACUGUGAGUGUAACACUUGCAACUGUUAUACAUUCUAUAAACUCGAACAAACUAUUAGUUUACCAAAAAAACACGUUUAAAACACGUUUUUGUGUUUUGUGUUAAAUUGUGUCAGCGCAUGCGCAGAGCCACUCGGUAGCACAUAUGGACGGAUAGCCCAAAUCGGCAGAGCACCGGCUGUGUCCAAUCCUCGCCAACUCUGCAGCUCCCUCUGGCGGUUCCCAAACUUUGCUUUCCUCCCCUCUCUUCACUUCCUGUUUUGUGGGGAGGUCUUUUAACUCUGAUACUUUCUCAUUUCGCUUCUGUUCUCUCUCUCGGUUUUCGCUAUUUUCUGUUGGUUUUCGCUUUAAACCGGCGGAGCGUGGUGUUGGACGGGAAAAGGUCAACCGGUCGAUAUCUGCACCCUUUUAUAUUCAGGCUUUUUUUUAAUGGGGGAUCAGCUGGACUCGUUUGAACUGACGGCCCCUAUGGAUUUUACGUAGCUGAGCUUGUUUGUUUGUUUGUUGGAUUGUUUGGCAGCUUGUUUGUUUGUUUUUUAACAUCAUUUAUGUUUUUAAAGGCUGAUUAUUUCUGUUUUUCCACCAAAUCAGCCUUAAAAAAACAUGAAACCAUGAAAUACCACCACCAGCAGAAGCAGCAGGACAUCUUCUUCUUACUGUGGUGACUCUACUGUGACCUAUGUGACCUUUUCAUUAUUUUAUAUUAUUUUUGCCUUUUUCUUUUUUGACUCUUCAUCACAACCACCACAAUGUCCGAGCUGCAGCGCCCUGCAACCCUCUGCUGCUGCCGGAAGGUGCUGACCGUGCCCACCAAGCCCACCGAAGCCCACCGGGGCAGUGCCCUAGGGCAGUGCCACCUGGUCGAUGUGGCCUCGGCCUCCAACUUCCACAGCUUCCGGCUGAGGCACUUCCACCUGGACCUCAACAUCAACUUCGCCCUCAAGAGGAUCACCGGCUGGCAGGUUCUGGAGCUGAUGCCCACCCAGCCGGGGGUCCAGUCCCUGGUGUUGGACGCCCACCCGUCUCUACUGAUCCAUUCCAUCGACUGUAAAGUGCCUGGGGCAUCAGGAGGCCCGGAUCACUUCCUGACCCUGUCUUACUGGGUCGAACCUUUCACAGACUACGGCUCCUCUCUCAAUAUCACCCUGCCUGCUGAUGUGAUCCGGCUGCACCGGGCUUUCCGGGUCACCAUCCGAUACACUACCACAGACGGGCCUGCGAUCUGGUGGUUGGACACGGAGUUAACGUGUGGUCAGACUCAGCCGCUGGUUUUCACUCAGGGUCACUCCGUGUGCAAUCGUUCAUUUUUCCCCUGCUUCGACACGCCAGCGGUCAAAAGCACCUAUUCAGCCACCGUCCGGGUUCCAGAUGGAGUGACAGUGUUGAUGAGUGCCUCCAGGAGUGCGUACUCUAAGCAGGACCGGCUGUUCCAGUUCUCUAUGGAAUAUCCGGUCCCGGCGUACUUGGUGGCUCUGGUGGCUGGAGACCUACAGCACGCCGACAUCGGGCCCAGGAGUCGUGUGUGGGCGGAGCGCUGUGUUCUGGCGUGUGCGGUCAGUAAGCUGGGGGGCAGUGUGGAGCGAUGUCUUAACGUGGCUGAGGAACUGUUUGGUCCGUAUGUUUGGGGAAGGUACGACAUUGUGUUCCUGCCCCCCUCGUUCCCCAUUGUGGCGAUGGAGAACCCGUGCCUAACCUUCAUCAUUUCCUCCAUCCUGGAGAGUCAGGAGUUCCUGCUGAUCGACGUUAUUCACGAAAUUGCUCACGGCUGGUUCGGGAACGCUGUAACUAACGCCACCUGGGAGGAGAUGUGGCUCAGCGAGGGACUCGCCACCUACGCACAGAGACGAAUCACUACAGAGGCCUAUGGAGAGGCAUUAACCUGUCUGGAGACGGUGUUCCGAUUGGACGCUCUGCACAGACAGAUGCGUCUUCUAGGAGAUAACAACCCAGUGAGCAAGCUUCAGGCCAAGUUUGAGCCAGGUGUGAACCCCAGCAGUCUGAUGAAUCUGUUUACCUAUGAGAAAGGCUUCUGCUUUGUUUCGUAUCUCUCCCAGCUGUGUGGAGACAUCAAGAAGUUUGACACGUUCCUAAAGGCCUAUAUCGAGCAGUUCAGGUUCAGCAGUGUAGUUGCACAGGACCUGCUGGAUUUCUUCCUGGGUUUCUUCCCUGAGCUGAAGGAGAGCUGUGCAGCACAACGAGAAGGGCUGGAGUUUGAGCGCUGGCUGAAUGACUGUGGGCCGCCGCUGUGUGAGCCCGAUCUCUCGGCCGGGGUUGUUCUGACCGGUCCGGUACAGCGGUUGUGUGAGCUGUGGGGCGUUGAGGCUCCGGACGCUCAGGCCAUCGCAUCCUUUGACCUCUCCACCUGGAGCACCUUCCAGACCGUGCUGUUCCUCGACCGUCUGCUGGACCGCUCACCCCUUCCCCAAGAGGUGAUGGGUCUGCUGUCGAGUUGUUACUCAGCGCUGCUGGAUGAGAUGAAUGCGGAGGUGAGGAUCCGCUGGCUGCAGAUCGUGGUGCGGAACUGCUUCUAUCCGGAUCUGCCUCGGGUCCGCAGCUUCCUCCAUAAACACACGUCUCGUAUGUACACGGUGCCCCUGUAUGAGGAUCUGUGUGGGGGGGUGAUGAAGUGCUUUGCGGUGGAGGUGUUUUAUCAGACUCAGGCCCGUUUACAUCCUAACCUCCGCAAAGCACUGCAGCAGAUCCUGUUCCACACCGGCCCGCCCAACGCCUCCGCUACCGACCCACAGCUGGUGGACACGCCCACCGAGCCCCCCACCAGCGGGGCCAUAGCCCUGAGGGACGUCAACGUCUCCGCCUGACCCCUCCCACUGACUUCUGGCCCCUCCCACUGACCACAGGCCCCUCCCACUGACUGCUGUGGACAGAGGCGUGUGGGGAGAUAUGAAGGAACAACUUAAACAAAACUAAACGGGACACAACUGUAACGAGGAGGAACUGGACAGGACUUGAAGUGACAAGAUAUAACUGGACCUGAGUAAUGUGUCGAGGGAGGUGUGUGUGUGUGAGAGAGAGAAAGAGUGUGUGAAUGUGUUGUCAACACUGGGAUUUUCUAUUUAAUAGUGUAUGUACUCAAGCUGCUCAGGAUUGUUCAGAGAAGUGUAUGUGUAUGAGUGUGUAAUGGUUUAUAGUUCAUAUACCAUGAAGUGUGUGUAAGUGUGUGAGAGAGAAUGUGUGUGUGUGAAUGUGGUUGGUGGUUUAUAUGGUAUACUCCAAGUGUUUUGUG